AUCGCGCGCACACUGGUCUCGCAUAAGGCCAAUGUGAACGCCACCGAUGCUAACGGACAGACACUACUGCACCGGGCUAUCCAAAGGGAUGACCACUUCUCGGCUCACUUUCUCAUUAAGAAUAAUGCUUCGGUCGAUACGACUGAUGCCGUCGGCGACGUUCCCCUCCAUCUGUGCGCCGAUAAGACCAACAGUGAAGGUAUGGCCAGAAUUGCCCGCAAUUUGUUGGACUCCGAGGCCGACCCUAACUUCCAGGACAUCGACGGAAACUCCGCCCUUCAUCGCUCCGUUAUGUCACUCAAUAAACCAGUGUUUGAUAUACUGUUAGAACAGCCAAAGAUAUCAAUAGAUUUGAGAAACAAAAAACAUUUGACAAGUUUUGCGAUAUCGUUGACAAAACUCAAUGAUAACGACUCUUUCGCCGCAGAGUUAGUCAAAAGGGGCUGUUCUAUAGACUCGAUUAGCCCCGAGACUAGCGACUCGUUAUUGCAUACCUGUGCCCGCAAUGGCGAUGAGACGGCCGGUCUGUUUCUUACAGCUAACGGCGCUAAAAUCAAUUUGACGAACAGUAGGGGCGAAACGCCACUACAUAUCGCCGCCUCAAAGGGACUCAAAAGUUUAGUCGCAGCUCUUCUGGAAAAAGGUGCGAAUAGCAAUCUACAGACUACUCCGCUCUCAUUCGCCGAAUCCAUGUCAUCACCCGAAGAGCAACAGGUGUUCAAUCAGACGGCACUCCAUUUGGCGAUUAUAGGCAAACACGAGUCGGUCAUAGAAGUGAUACUCAGCCAAAACAACAAGUCUUCCUCCAUGAAGGGCGACGUGGGAUCAGCUCUACUGAUGCCUAAUCUCAACCUCANGUUUUUUGUUUCUCAAAUCUAUGGAUAUCUUUGGCUGUUCUAA